UCGAAAGGUCGUUUUGUUUACUUGUUUUCUGCACACUUAAUUUAUUUUCCAAUUUUCUUUUCUUAAGCAUGGAGAAAAUCACAGAUCCGAACAAACGGACCCGUCGCUAUGUUGAGGAAGCGUACGAACAAAUAAUGAAACGCCCUGACAUUGUAGAUGUGUUAAUUUUAAAUAAGAUUGGUAAUCCUGUGAAGACCACAAUGGAAGAGGAAAUUGCUAUACAAUGUGCUGGUCUUUAUGAAUUGUUACGUCUGAGGGCUCACUACAUAGUACACAAAUUGGAUCAAGAAGACGAAUUGCUUAUGGUACGCUUGCGUACCGGUGGUACAGAGGUGAUUAUAUGUCCGGAUGGUAAUAUUACCUGCAUCGUGGUUCAACGUCCUGUUGAUCGCAUGCAGACUUAGUAUCUACAUUAACUCACUGUGUUUAUUUUUGUUUUGAUUUUUACCAACUUAUUUCAUUGACUUCUAAAUAUUUACGAAUUAAAUAAACUGUUUCUUGACCUUUGUCUAGCCACAAUUUGUACAAACUGUUUUC